AUGGAUCUAAUCACCGGCCUUACUAAAACAUCAUUGCACUGUUUCAAUGUUCAAGUUCUUGUGCUCUCCCUUCUACUGAUCGUCUUUCUCGCCGGAAAAUUAUCGCAAACACGAAAAAACAAACUCUGUCAGCUUCCUCCGGGGCCUCCGACGUGGCCUAUCAUCGGAAACUUGGCCGGAAUGCUCAUGAACAUGCCGACUUUCAAGUGGAUCCACCGCGUCAUGGGAGAGAUGCAUACGGAAAUAGCAUGUUUCCGCUUUCUGGGCGUCCACGUCAUCACUAUAACAUCGUGUGAGAUUGUCCGAGAAGCACUCAAGGACAAAGACGAGGCUUUUUCCCACAGACCAGAAACCUACCCAUCAGAACUGAUAAGUGGUGGUUUCAAGUCAACUGGUUUGUCUCCAUAUGGAGAUCAGUGGAAGAAGAUGAGAAGAGUAAUGGCUUCUGAAGUCAUGUCUAUGGAAACAUUGAACAUGUUGCUUCAUGUGAGAAACGUCGAAGCCGAUAAUCUCUUGGCUCACGUUCACAACUUAUCCGUACGGUCCAAUACGGUGAACGUGAGGGACAUAGCGAGGACUUAUGCCUAUGCGGUGACUACGAGAAUGUUGUUUGGUCGGAGACCUUACAGGGAAGUGAGAGAAGAUGAUGAUGGAGGGUUAGGGCCGAGAGAGAGACAGCACGUUGAGGCGAUAUUCGAGAUGAUGAAUUGUGUAUUCGGCUUUAGGGCAUCGGACUACAUUCCUUGUCUAAGGGGUUUGGGUUUGGAUGGGCAAGAGAAGAAAGCAAGAGAGGCUUGUGAUAUCAGUGUUGAGUACAACGAUAAGAUUGUCGAUCAGAGAAUGGCGUUAUGGAAGGAGAAAGGCGGGAAGGAUGUUAUGGAAGAUUGGCUCGAUAUUCUCAUCACGCUGAACAAUACCGAGGGGAAACCGUUAUUGACACCCGAGGAAAUCAAAGCUCAAUGCAGGGAAAUUUUCCUUGCGGCGAUGGAUAACCAACCAAACAACGUGGAAUGGACAAUCGCGGAGAUGUUGAACCAACCGGAGACGCUCGAAAAGGCGGUGGGCGAACUCGACAAAGUGGUCGGAAGAGACAGGCUUGUGGAAGAAAGCGACAUACCAAACCUCAACUACAUAAAAGCAUGCGCUAGAGAAUCUUUCAGACUUCACCCUGUCGCUCCAUUCGUUUUCCCUCAUGCGACCACAGAGGACACCACCCUUGCAGGUUACUUCAUUCCCAAAGGAAUUCUUUAA